AUGAUAUUUUCAACCUUAGAGCAUAUAUUAACUCACAUUUCCUUUUCGAUCGUUUCAAUUGUAAUUACAAUUCAUUUGAUAACCUUUUUAGUCGAUGAAAUUGUAAAACUAUACGAUUCGUCAGAAAAGGGCAUAAUAGUUACUUUUUUCUGUAUAACAGGAUUAUUAGUUACUCGUUGGAUUUCUUCAGGACAUUUCCCACUAAGCGAUUUAUAUGAAUCAUUAAUUUUCCUUUCAUGGAGUUUCUCCCUUAUUCAUAUAAUUCCAUAUUUCAAAAAAAAUGUUUUAAUUUUAAGUAAAAUAACUGGACCAAGUGCUAUUUUGACCCAAGGCUUUGCUACUUCAGGUAUUUUAACUGAAAUACACCAAUCUGGAAUAUUAGUACCUGCUCUUCAAUCUGAGUGGUUAAUAAUGCACGUAAGUAUGAUGAUAUUGGGCUAUGCAGCCCUUUUAUGUGGAUCGUUAUUAUCAGUAGCACUUCUAGUGAUUACAUUUCGAAAAAACAGAAAGCUUUUUUAUAAGAGCAAUGGUUUUUUAAACGAGUCAUUUUUCUUGGGUGAAAAUGUUGUCGAAAAUACUUCGUUUUUUUGUGCUAAAAAUUAUUACAGGUCCCAAUUGAUUCAACAAUUGGAUUAUUGGAGUUAUCGGGUUAUUAGUUUAGGAUUUACUUUUUUAACCAUAGGAAUCCUUUCGGGAGCGGUAUGGGCUAAUGAAGCGUGGGGGUCCUAUUGGAAUUGGGAUCCAAAAGAAACUUGGGCAUUUAUUACUUGGAUCGUAUUUGCAAUUUAUUUACAUACUCGAACAAAUAGAAAUUUGCGGGGUCCAAAUUCUGCAAUUGUAGCGUCUAUAGGUUUUCUUAUAAUUUGGAUAUGCUAUUUUGGGGUCAAUCUAUUAGGAAUAGGGUUACAUAGUUAUGGUUCUUUUCCAUCAACAUUUAAUUGA